UCCCCCAGGAGUCAGCUUCCCUAUAAAAGGGCCGCGUUCCGCUCUGCUCGCAGAGGCGUGGAGAGCAGGGGGGGACCAUGGACUUCAUCAGCAUUCGGCAGUUGGUGAGCGGAGAAAGAGAAGGGAAAGCGCUGGGGUGUGGACACACAGCUCCCGAUCCCGGAGGCCGGCCUCGUGACUGGAGGCUGGGCCCCCACGAGGCGGUGGCCCGGGAGAAGCUGAAACAGGAAGAAGAGAGGAAGAAGAAACUGGAAAAAUUCAACAGCUCCAGAACGAAUCUGGAGAAACUGGAAGACUUAGAAAACUUGGUCCAAAGACGGAGAGAAAAGCGACUAAGACGCAGAGCCCCCCCCAGGGAACCAGAGCCCGUGGCUGAGCCACAGCCCCAGGCCCCACUGGGACCUGUGGACCUGGAGACGUUCCUGAAGGCAGCUGCUGAGAACCAGGAGUCCCUGGUGGACAAGUACCUGGCAGACGGAGGGGACUCCAGUGCGCAUGACAAGCUGCACCGCACGGCCUUGCACUGGGCCUGCCUGAAGGGUCACGGCCAGCUGGUGAGCAAGCUGCUGGCAGCCGGCGCCGCAGUGGACGCGCGUGACCUGCUGGACAGGACCCCCAUGUUCUGGGCCUGCCGGGGAGGACACCUGGACAUCCUCAAACAGCUGCUCAACCAGGGAGCCCAGGUCAACGCCCGGGACAAGAUCUGGAGCACGCCCCUCCACGUGGCUGUGCGCAUGGGCCACUCCGACUGCCUCGAGCACCUCGUGGAGUGUGGUGCCCACCUCAACGCACAGGACAAGGAGGGGGACACAGCUCUCCACGAUGCUGUGCGCCAUGGCCGCUACAAGGCCAUGAAGCUGCUGCUGCUGUACGGCGCCAAGCUGGGCGUGCAGAACGCGGCCUCCCUGACCCCUGUGCAGCUGGCCCGAGACUGGCAGCGGGGCAUCCAGGAAGCGCUGCAAACGCACGUCAGGCACCCCCGCACCCGAUGCUGACCGCGCGGGCCUGUGGGCUCACUCAGCCGUCCUUCGCGCCCCCAGGGCUCUCUGCACUGCACCCAUGGUCCCUGGCCUUAGUCCUGUUCCCUUCGGCCCGAGGCAGCCCCACGAGGGCCAGCGGGUGGAGGGCAGGUGCCUGCUGUGUAGGGCGCUGCUACCCCUGCUUGGCCGGGCUGGGAUGGGCUAAUGCAGAGACCACAGGCGGUGGGAAGCAAAGUGGGUCCAGACGGAGCCAGGGCGCAGAGCAAAAGUGGGGCUGGAGCGGAAGCAAGCCAGCUGGGGCCAAGGACCGGACCUGUUUCCCCUCAGGCUCACUGGCUCCUGAGGAGAGUGAGGUCCGGUCGCCUGCGCGGUGGCACAGAGGCGGCCGUAGCUGCAGCCCAGACGUGAGACCGCGGCGGGCCAGGCUGGUGCCAGCACUGGUGCGGGUCUCCCUCUGGACCUGUUGGCGGCAACCCUGAUGGGUCCGGAGUGGCUCUGGUCCUAGGCACUCGGGGGAGGUUCUGGGGUCUGCAGGGCCCUCAGCAGGCCUGAGGCCCACAGGACAGAUGCCAGAACCUUCCAGGUUGCCUCAGAGGCCUAGGACCGAUGAGCUAGGGCAGCCCUGUGUGGGGACUGUACCCGACCUGCUUCAGUCAGAGGGGCCUGCUGCACGGUCGCCAGCGGUGGCUCUCCUCCUGGGGCAUGAGCCCGGCGCUGGGGUUGCUUGUGGCCCACUCAACUCCUGAGGCGGCGGCCCGCAACCCUGGCUUCCCUGGGCCUCUGCUGCCCCCUGGUGCUGGAGCCCUGCAGCUGCCCGUUCCUCUGCGCUCCCCACGCACCUCUGCCCCCCCCAGGCAGCACACUGAGGAGCUCUGUGCCCAGCGGGCAGCAGGGCAGGAAGGGACACCCAGACACCCUCCCUCCCUGGCCUGGCCUGCGGGCCCGCUCCAUGCUCCUUCCCAAAUGGCUCCUUCCUUCCCGCCCACUCCUCUGGGUACAGACGUACCCCGGCAGCGCUGGAUCCUUAAUUGCCAGAACGUGGCUCGGGACGGGCUCUGCUGCCCACACAGGCACCGGCUGAGGCUCACAUGGUCCCCACACAUGACAACAGAGGCUCAGCCUCCCUCCCAUGGUCCUGGGUCAGACGCGGCACCCGGGGUGGCGUCCGUUCAGCAGCAGUUCUUCCUAGUGUGACCACAGUGGCCUUCUGAGGCCACACGAAGCCUCCUGAACUGCGUGAGAAGGCCGAUGAGCACCCACUCUGAGCCACACACCUGUCCACCGGCAGCUUCUGCUGUGGCGACACAGCCAGUGUGUGCCAUGAUGCAGGUGCCAUGGGCCAAACAGGCGCUUCCGCCUACGGAGAUGACAAGUCCUCUAGCAAUGAGGGCACACAAGCACAGACAAAAGCACCUUUUUAUACGGAUCACUAUUUUUUGUUCAUUAAAUUGGCUGAUUACCCAUCA